UGUAUAAUCAAGUUAUGUAUGUCUAUAUACAUUUUAUGACAACCAUAGCCUCAGCAUCAGCAUGUGGUCUUUCAUUAUUCAAUCUAAGAAUAAGAAGUACUUAUUCUUAGUUCAAUUUGAUUAAUUUGUUUGCAUGAAAAUGUCAAUAUAAUACGCGGUCGACAACUAAAUGAAAAAAGUAUGUUGACUAAGCUACUAUUUUGUUCGCCAAAUACACAAGUCAACUUUCCUCGCCGUCGUCCUCGUCGUCGUCAGUUUGUUUUAACAAUAUGACCGAAUUCCAAAAUAUAACACAAUUAUUCCAAAGUUAUAAGGAACAAAACAAAUAUGUGAAUGUAGCUGCUCCCAUGGUACGCUACAGCAAGCUAGAGUUUAGGCGUCUUUUACGGCAAAACAAUGUGAAACUUUGUUUCACACCAAUGAUAGUUGCAAACUCAUUUAAUCACAGCCAACAAGCACGUCUUAGUGAAUUUUCUACAAAUAAGGAUGAUCGUCCACUCAUAGCACAAUUUGCAUCCCAUAAUUCCUUAGAUAUGUUAGCGGCCAGUGAACUUGUCAGCCCUUAUGUAGAUGGUGUCGAUUUGAAUUGUGGCUGCCCGCAAUCCUGGGCUACAGCAAAAGGCUACGGAUGUGCUUUACUUCGAAAGCCAGAAUUGGUGGAAGAUAUUGUAAAAACACUGCGUCGAAAUUUUCCUUCAUCGUUUAGUGUGUCUAUUAAAUUGCGAUUACUACAGGGAGAUAUACGAUCAACAAUAGAUCUGUGUCGUCAAUUAGAGACAUGUGGAGCUACGUUCCUUGUUAUUCAUGGAAGAACACAGUGGCAGAAAACCUCACAUCCAGUUGAUGUUACUGCCAUGUCCGAAAUAAAAAAAUCAAUUCAGAUUCCAUUGAUUGUGAAUGGUAAUGUGAAAACAACACAGGAUGCCGACGAACUUUACCAACAAACGAAAGCUGAUGGGGUUAUGGCAGCGAGAGGGCUCUUAUCUAAUCCAUCCCUCUUUACUGGUACGACACAAACAACAAUCGAAUGCUUACAACAGUGGUUGGACAUUGCAAAUGCAGCUGGCGAUGAUUUAUCCUUUCAAUGUUUGCAUCAUCAUUUAACAUUUAUGUGGGGCAAGCUGAUGCGUCGACGAAGACGCGUAAUCUUUAAUAAUUUCUCAACCAAAGAACAAGUCUUUUCAUUUUUCGAUGAACAUUAUGGUAUUCGCCCACGAGAGAUUGACGAUUGGGUUUCAAAUAUGCCAUGUGAAUAUCCUGAUUAUAUUGCUGCCAAAUAUUAUGCACAAAAAACAACGGCAAUCGAAACUUAUCGAGAUGGUAGAGAAGAUGGCACAUUUUUUAAAAGUUUCAGACAAAAAGUACUCGAUGUAGAGGGUAGUAGUAUGAAUGGAGAUGCAGAAGAUGAUCGUAAUGACUUGUUCUUUCAGAAUGGAUCAAUUUUUGAUUUGUGAUUGUACAUAUUUAUUAGUCAAAUUAAUGUCGAAUUCUUGUCAAAAAAACAAAAAAUAUCGAAUUAAAAUCGAUCUUGAUGCGUGUUACGUGUCGUUAACAAUGUGACGAGACGAGCAUGUUUUACUGAACGAAAAAAUCGAUUUCAAAUCGAUUUUUAUUUUGAGAGGAAUUCGACAUAAAAGUCGAAGUCCCUGUACAGGACUUCAGUUGUAUUUUUUUUAUAAUUUUUUUGUAUGAAAAGUUGGAUAUAUUGCAAGUUAUUUUUGAAAAUUUGUUAAAAAUCUGAUCAAUUUGAAUAUAAGUUAAAAAUUUUGUGUAGUAAUAUUAAUAAGAAUAAACGAAAACAUACAUACAUA